GGGCGGGGCUAUAAAGGACCGGGAGCCAUCUUGAGACUUCGAGGCAGCUCGAACCGAACAAACACAGCGAACCGAACCGUUUCUCUCGUUCCGAGCUGAACGGGCGAACAUCCAGAGCGCCGCACACGCCCCAGGGGUGGACACACUUCAGAAAGGACGUGUCGACAGAUUAACCUAAACCCUUAUUUAAUUUCCCUGCUUCAACAUCUUUAUAAAAGAUUAAAAAAAGACUAUGUCCCAUUAUUGAGAGGGUUUGGAGGACAAAAAACAAAAGAUUUAUCCAUUUAAGUUUAGAGAAAUAUUAGUUUAAGGAGGCAGGGGUGGUCUCAGCUUGGCGAGGAGCCCCCUGCACAAGUGGGCUCACUUUUGGACCUGACUGUAAAAAGGUGGACGGAGAAGUCGAACCACGCGGACAUGAGCACCGCCAGGACGGAGAACCCAGUGAUUCUGGGGUUGUCCACCCAGAACGGGCAGCUGAGAGGCUCGGUGAAGCCGGCUGGAGCCCCGGGUGGAGGUGGAGGGGGCACUCAGCAGCUGAACCAGAUAAAAGGCACAAUCAACGGCGGUUCCCAGCCAGCCCCGACAAAUGCUGUCAUAAAGCCUGGAGAUGACUGGAAGAAAAGUUUAAAGUUGCCCCCAAAAGACAUGAGGAUGAAAACAUCGGAUGUGACUGCAACUAAAGGCAAUGAGUUUGAAGAUUAUUGCCUAAAGAGGGAGCUACUAAUGGGAAUCUUUGAGAUGGGCUGGGAAAAGCCAUCUCCAAUUCAGGAGGAAAGCAUUCCCAUUGCACUGUCAGGAAGGGAUAUUCUGGCCAGAGCCAAGAAUGGCACGGGAAAGAGUGGAGCCUACCUCAUUCCCUUACUUGAACGCAUUGACCUGAAGAAGGACACUAUACAAGCAAUGGUCAUAGUUCCUACUAGAGAACUGGCACUGCAAGUAAGCCAAAUAUGUAUCCAAGUCAGCAAACACAUGGGUGGAGUGAAGGUCAUGGCAACCACAGGUGGCACCAACCUCCGUGAUGACAUCAUGAGACUCGAUGAAACGGUACAUGUGAUUAUUGCCACUCCUGGGAGGAUUUUGGACCUCAUCAAGAAAGGGGUGGCCAAAGUCAAUCAAGUGCAGAUGGUUGUUCUGGAUGAAGCAGACAAACUCCUGUCUCAGGACUUUGUCCUCAUGAUGGAGGAGAUGCUGGGCUUCCUGGCCAAACAGAGGCAGAUUUUGCUGUAUUCUGCAACCUUCCCGCUCAGUGUGCAGAAGUUUAUGAAUUCACACUUGCAGAAACCCUAUGAGAUCAACCUCAUGGAGGAGCUUACGCUGAAGGGCGUGACUCAGUAUUAUGCCUAUGUAACCGAAAGGCAAAAGGUCCAUUGCCUUAAUACCUUAUUUUCCAGACUCCAGAUCAACCAGUCAAUAAUCUUCUGCAACUCCUCUCAGAGAGUGGAGCUACUCGCCAAGAAGAUCUCUCAGCUUGGAUAUUCAUGCUUCUACAUUCAUGCCAAGAUGAGACAGGAGCACCGCAACCGGGUUUUCCAUGACUUCAGAAAUGGCCUAUGCCGGAAUCUCGUCUGCACUGACCUUUUCACGAGAGGAAUUGACAUUCAAGCUGUGAAUGUUGUGAUCAACUUUGAUUUCCCCAAGCUGGGAGAAACGUACCUUCACCGCAUUGGUAGAUCUGGACGCUUUGGACACCUCGGUUUAGCCAUCAACCUCAUCACAUACGAUGAUCGCUUCAACCUUAAAGGGAUCGAGGAGCAGCUUGGAACAGAGAUCAAGCCCAUCCCUGGCAUCAUCGACAAGAGCUUAUACGUGGCCGAGUACCACAGUGAGACUGGUGAAGAAAUCAAGCCAUGAGCAAAUCAGUCCAUCCUCCACUCCCCCGUACAUCCUUUUUUUUGAUCCCCCACCGCCAUGGAUUUUUUUCUUUUCCUUAUUUUUUUUUUUUAAUGUACAGUUUUUGUCUGUCUUCCUCUUUUGGAUGCCACCAUUAGGAAUGUGUAUUUUGAUGGACGCUUUUUGGAAGAACUCAUCUGCCUUUUUAUUUAAGGCCCUGUGCUGCUCCACGAAGUACUGAAGAUGAAAGCACCGGGGGAAAGCGCGGGACCAAGUUGAAAAAUAUCAGUGCACACUGAGGAUUCAUAUCCGCCACUGACACAAAGCCAGCACCGACAGACCCAGAGAUGACAGCCUCCGUUCUCCACGUUUUAUUUUGAAAGUUUUAACAAAUUUGUAUCAAGUGCCUUAACAAGCAGUACAACUUGUUCUAAAGUAAUAACCCUUCAUUCUCCACCAUUUUGAGCACUUCAUACCACACUUAUGUUCACCUAAUUGAGAAUUUGUUACUUAUUUAAUGUCUGACCAAAAAGGUGAAUUCACAGCUCAUUUUUUUUCGUCAUCUAUUUGCAAGGAAUGGACUUAAUUUGGAGGGAGGCUGGUCUGAAUUACCUUCACUGGCUUAGCUGAACUUAAGUCUGGCCGAUUGAGUGACGACACUUGGAUCUUUUUCAUUUUUUUGUUUUUUUUUUCUUCCAAGGACAGAAAUGCCGGAUAUUUCUCCAAGAGACGGUCAGACUGUCCAGUUGCUUGAGGAGCAGCUCGUGCUUCUUAGAGACCCAGACCUUUUCCUCGGUCUUCAGCAUCAGAACACUAAAAAAAAAAAAUCACCAAGCAGCGUUGCAACACCGUGAGUCAUGAGGAUUCCUGUUUCAGCGGAGUUUAUUUGGAGAGAGUGCUUUAUUUUCUUUUUCUUGUCCUGUGUUUCACCCUCCUAUGGAUGGCCAUACUUAAUUCUGCAAGACGUGCAGCCAACACGUGGGGUGCACCUUACACCUUGUGUAUAUACCUUCAUUUUAAGAUUGUUUUAAAACGAGUGUAAAAGGCUGGCUGACAAACUGGAAAGCCGCCCGCCUCCUCUCUUGUUAGCACUGGAGACCUUUUUCCUUAACUGCCAGUUUGUUUGUUCUGCAAAUAUUGGCCGGUGAAUUUAUUUAUAAUUUUAAGAAGCUGCAAAAACAUUUGAAUGACCUGGUUCGUGAGAUGUUUUUGUAGGCCGUUAUCGCUAAUCUUUUUAGCCUCUCCAGUUUUGAUGGCGAGUGCGAUUCUUCUUCAAAGAUGCACUUAAGAAAAAAUAAAUAGCGAGGACCUUGAAAAUGUGGCCCUUAUUUUCCUGCUACCAGUGUUAACGAGUGUCGAGUCAAGACAGAUGGCUUUCUUAAACUCGCGCAUUUGAUUAAUGAAUUGUGUCACCAGCCUUGACAUAUGAAACUGACUCUUGAGACGCUGGAGGUUUUCAGUCGGAGUGAGUGCUGGUGUUUGAAGAGAGAAUGAUCUAUCACGUAGUAAUAGUACUACUUGCUGCAGUGCAGCUGAAUUGGCGGCUACUUUGUUUUCCGGGGGAAGGUAUUAGCUGUUACGUUGAUUUAUGGCAUAUUUAAGCACAGCUACUUAAAGUCCUGACGUUGGGCAGAAACUGUCCCCCCCUGUUUGAAGAAUGUUAGCCGACGGUAUCAAAUUAACCAUCUGACCUAAAAUGUAGCAGGAAUCAAUUCUCUGUGCUUCUGCAAGUUUGCUGGCUUUCUAAAAAGCAGCUAACAGGAAAAAAAAAAAACCUUCAAAUAAUAGGACGACCUGUAAAGGUUGGGUUGCACUUAACGCGCAGAGAGGACGGUUCAGCCGACUUCUCUGACUGGACUGCAUUUUGUACACUUAAAAUGCCCAGGAGGAAGAAAUGUGUUGUGGGAAAAAUUGGCUUGACAGUGCAAUGGGCAUGACAAAUUAAAAAAAAAAAGUCAGAUUGCUUGUUUAAAAACAACAGAUUUAAAUAUACCCCAGCCUGAGUUUGAUUUCUCUGCCCUUUAUUGCUUUAUAAAGUGGGGUUUGGGGGGGUUAAUGUUUUCUUUACAUUAAACUGCAACCUUUAAAUGGCAUUAAGGUCCUCUGAACCGCUGCGUUCGAGGGUCUUCCUGCCGACGAGGUCCCCUUCUUCAUGGUGAGAUGCUCUUAUUGUUCUUAUUAAUGAGAAGUUGCUCUGAGAUCUGAUCUAAAGUCUGUCCACAGGGAUUUUAGACUGAAUAUUUCUCAUUGAUUUGGACUUGGAUCCCUGUUGUCACAGUUCUGCUGCCCCAAAAAUGACUGCAUUUGGUCCUUAUUUUGGGUGGGAGGGUUGCAUCUAUGAAACAAACAAACAAAAAAAAACUCCAAAUUGAGCAAAGGAGCAUAACUGAGAGAACCGGGAUCCGACUGCAGACGUUUGGCAGCUGUCUGCUGCUUGCCAGCCCUCUGGCAGUAACUCGCUGUUGCUGCCGGCGGCUGGCAACCGUUGAGCCUUAAAGACUGAGACGAGAGCAUCUUGCCCCAGAUCGGGUAACUAAAUUGGCUAGUUUUUGUAACCAAAUUGUCUCGCUCUUUAAGGCCUCUAAAAAAAUUUCCGGGGUGGUUGAAUUGGUCCGACUCGCUGCCCUGAUGCACGUCUUCCGAGAGCUGCGACUCUCGUUGGCUUAAGGCUGUCCCAUCACCUGCCUGUAAGAAGAUGACAGAGUCGUCCUUUUUAGGAUGUCCUGCAAGACUGAUGCAUCAGUUUAAAGAAAAAUAUAUAAAAAAGUAUUAAAAAAAAAAACAAUUGGGAGGGGCCAGUAGGCACUUUAAAAGAAGAAACGAUGCUACCAUCAGAUUAUAAUCCAAAGGUUUUUGGUAAUGGGUAUGAAAAAGUUUCCAAGAAUUGCCCUCAUGUUUUUGUUUUCUCUAAUGAAACGUUAAAGUGGAGUACAUCUUGUUUAAAGUCUCAAAAGUGAAUUUAAAGCUUGAGUUUGUUUUUGUUUUCUUUUUAAUUUGGAAUUUGUGUAAUUGGUUUUUCAGUGAUGCAAAUUUUAAAAGUCAGAUCAGAUGGAUCAAAGUUUUGUUCACAAUAAAGCUCACUGAAAUUUA